AACAUAUAAAUAGAAAUCGAGAUUAGGAAAAAAUUAUCAGUGCAGUUUGUGUUAAACAUCAAUCACCCAUCAAGAUGAAAUUAGUUAUUGCCCUAUUCGCCUUAGUUGCUGUAGCUGUAGGAGCUCCACCAACUCCUGAGUCCCAAGCGCGGGUACUCAAAAAUGAGGUCGACAAUAUUGGAGUUGAUGGAUAUAAUUUCAGUUACGAGACUAGCAACGGAAUUUCUGCAGGAGAACAAGGACAAGUCGUAAACGCUGGGUCUGAAAAUGAAGCUAUUGCUGUCCGUGGCCAGUUCAAAUAUACUGGUGCAGACGGAAUUGUUUAUUCUGUGAGCUAUAUUGCUGACGAAAACGGUUUCCAGGCUGAAGGAGCUCAUUUACCAGUUGCACCAUAGUGAUAUAUUGUUUAAGCUAGUUAUAACACAGAUCAAUAAAAAGUUAAAUAGCCGACUA